UACGUCGAUCAUGCAGUCUAGUCGCAACGGUUGAACGAACAGGUCGUCAUCGUGGUCCGCGAUCAACGUAGACUCGCCACGCGACCUUCCGCGAAUCGGUUCCGCUGGAAGUAAUGUUUAGUAAAUAGUUGACACCAUAAUUAGAUUUUUUUUAUUUUGAAAAGUGUUUUCUAUUUCCGAUCGUGAGAAAGUGUCAGCUUGUCAGUUAGAGUGGUGAAUGACGGAUAGUUUACUAUUUAUAUUCGUCCAGUAAGCAGCAACAAAGCAAGCGAUGGCGACGGACGAUAGCGUUGGUACCAUGACGACGACAUCGGCAGCAGCCGAAGACGAACGAUCGUUGAACGAUGACGACCAACGGCCACGCGAUCGAGGUCUUUGGCGCGAUCUUGUGGCCUAUUGGAUCCUCGGGCUGUGCAACAACUAUGGAUAUGUGGUGAUGUUGACAGCGGCGCACGAUAUCCUCAAAGAACUGGACGGCGGUGACGAUCACGCGAAAUCGAUCAAUGAAUACAGCGUUGCAAACACAACACUUCGGUCCGACGAGGCUUUCGGUUUCGCCUAUGACAAACGACCGUGCAACAAAAUAUCAACGGGAGCCAUCCUGUUGGCGGACAUCCUUCCUGCCCUGUCGGUGAAACUGAUUGCCUCGUUCUUCCCACUGUGGAAACAUGUUCGAGUGGCCACCUGCAUCCUCUUGGCAGCUGCUGGAUUCAUUCUUGUCGCCUUUGCAGACGUCGAAUGGCUACUGUUCUUUGGGGUGAUCUGCACCUCCUUCGGAUCCGGUUUAGGUGAAGCUACAUUCCUCGCUUAUGCUAGUUAUUUCAACAAAAAUGUUAUAUCGACGUGGUCCUCGGGAACGGGUGGAGCUGGGGUGAUCGGAGCCUUGUCAUACACGGGUCUUACCGCGCUAGGUCUUUCGCCGAAAGCUACCAUGUUGGUCAUGCUGGUAGUUCCCACGAUCGAAGCUGCUUCGUUCUGGUUGCUUCUGCGACACAAAGAUACAAGACAGGGUCCAGUGGAGCCGAACCCUGAAGCGGAGAAACCACAACAGGCCAAUGGCAACGCGCUACCGGAGAACGAACGGCCUUUGGAAAAUUGGAAACAGAAAAUCAACUUCAUCCCGUCGCUGUUCAUCUACAUGAUUCCACUCAUUCUGGUGUACUUGUUCGAGUACUUCAUCAAUCAAGGAUUGUUCGAGUUGGUCUACUUUCCGGACAUCUUCCUGACCCAGUCAGAGCAGUACCGUUGGUAUCAAGUUCUGUACCAAGUUGGUGUAUUCAUCUCUCGUUCGUCGGUCAACAUAGUUCAGUUCAAGCACGUGUGGAUCAUGGCCGUGUUACAAUUCGUCAACGUGAUCUAUUUCACGUUCGAAGCCGUCUACCUCUUCACACCGACCAUCUGGAUCAUCUUCGUGCUGAUUCUGUGGGAGGGUCUCCUAGGUGGAGGAGGCUACGUCAACACCUUCUACCGGAUGCAGAUCGAAGUUCCGGAAGCUCGACGAGAGUACGCCAUGAUGAUUACCUCCAUUUCGGAUUCGGUUGGAAUUGCAUUGGCCGGAAUUGCGGCUAUUCCCUCACACAAUGCCAUCUGCGACCUACCGGUGCCAGUUCGGUUACAGUAACAGGAACAUUUAUCUUAUCCUCAACCUAGCAUUUUUUUUCUGUAUAUAGACCCAACUUUAUACAAACUGAUAAUUACGGUAUUCUGUAAGAGACAAAUUUUCACUGCGCUGUGAAAUAACAAUAAAACUUUAUGACCAACACAAUCUAAA